AUGGGGAUACGAAAGCGAGAUUGGAUCGUGUGUGGGGCAAACAAGUGCGGGAACCUAUACGUUCUGAAUAGGAGCACAAUUAGAACGAGGGCGAAGUUAGUUUGGGUUCUAAAAGUUUCCAGAGGUGUAGUCGCUCAAGGUGGAGCGGUGGAUGCAGCGACAUCGAGCGAAGAAGACAAGCUCAAGUUCUNCCGCGGCAUCGGUCGCGAGAUCGCCGUCCACCUCGCGGCCCUCGGAGCCCGGCUAGUCCUCAACUACGCCUCCAAUUCCGCCCUCGCCGACGGCCUCGCCGCGGAGCUCAACGAAAGUUCCCCCACUCUCCGCGCCGUCACCGCCCGCGGCGACGUCUCCCACCCCGACACCGCCCGCUCCCUCUUCGACAAAGCCGAGCAGGCCUUCGGCUCGCCGCCGCACAUCCUCGUCGCCUGCGCGGGAAUUCUCGACUCAAAAUUCCCGGCGCUCGCCGACACCACUCUCGACGACUUCGACGCGAUGUUCAACGUCAACGUUCGCGGCACCUUCCUCCUCCUGCGCGAGGCCGCGAACCGCAUGGUUCGCGGCGGCGGGGGGAGGAUCGUAACGUUCUCGUCGUCGAUCGUGGGGACGCUGCUCCCGGGGUACGCGGCGUACACCGCGACGAACGGGGCGGUGGAGGCGAUGACGCGGAUACUGGCGAAGGAGCUGAAGGGGACGGGGAUCACGGCGAAUUGCGUGGCGCCGGGGCCGGUGCGGACGGAGCUGUUCUUGGCGGGGACGGACGAGGAGUUCAUCAAGGAUGUGGAGAAGAGGAGCUUGGGAAGGAUCGGGGAGGCCAAGGAUGUGGCGCCGGUGGUGGGGUUCUUGGUCAGCGCCGCCGCCGAGUGGGUCAACGGGCAGGUGAUUAGGGUCAACGGAGGCUUUGUUUGAGUGAGAUCUAAUUAAUUAAGCAUGGAAGAUCUUGUAUGUGUUUGCUCU